GAACCGUUUCACCUGUAUUCUUGAAGGGGAAUUCAGAUCUCAAUUAUCCCAAAACUUCUCGUUUUUUUUAAAGGAACCGGUAACAACAUGCCAUUCAGAAUAUAGCACAGGAAAUAAUUCACACUAUUCAGUUUGGGUAAUAGAUUUGAAACACUGACAACAAGGUUCCUCCAAUCUAAUUCCAUCACAACGUUUUCUUUCAAUUGUUAGAAGAGUUUUUAAUUGAACAACCUUGAUCGCCAGAAACUGUUGGUAAUGACCACUCGCUCUACCGCCUUCCACGUUCGCUUUUUGGCCAGUAGCUGGAGAACGUAUUGUUUACCUCAUUCGAGACGUUUGUUUAUUGCUGGCUCGUUGGAGGAGAAAUGGAGAACUCUUGUAAUAAUCGGAGCAAUACAGCUUGACGAAAAGAAAAUGGUCUUCGUUAUUCUUUCUUAUGUCAAAGGGAACGUGUUACGACCGCAGAAAUAUUGCACAACAUACAGGUUUUGACGUUUUCUACAGCUAUUUCUUAAAUCUUUUUCUUGUCAUGUUACGAUCAAGUCAUUUCAUCUUGUCUGUCUCCUUCUCGGCAGAGUUAAUCAUAUUUCUUGACUGUUAACAACAUCGCAGUGUGUAGUUACGACAUCUUAGAAACUGAGAAAGAAACUUUUCCCCGCAAAUCCUCGCUGCUUCAAUUACUUUCCAGUGCGUGUGUUUUUAAUGUAUACAGCAGCCACACUGUCCUCACCCCAUUCCUACCAAUAAACUUCAGAAAGGACUGCAGUGCCCCUAGAAAUUGCAGCGACCAAUCUACUAUCUACAUUACAGUUUUACUGGGAAACUGGGUUAUAAACCUUCAAGCCCAUUGCCGAUCCAAAAGUAGACCAAUAAAAUUAUCCAAAUAUGGAAUCAAUAUAUUAAGCAAUGAUAUAUUUACCCCAAGAACCAGAUAAAUAUUCCGACUUCAAUAUAUUACAGUGCUGCUAGUUAGCACUGGUGUACAGUAGCUUGAGUCUUUAUAUAUGAGACUGGUAUAGAUGACAAUUGUUAUUUCCCUCCCAUUAAAUCUUUGUAUGCUCCCAUGAUCAUACGUGUCAUAGGCACAGUGGGACUGCAAAAUGGAAUAUUUUCAUUUUUUGAUACAGCACAUUUAAGUUUUUAUAGGUCUUCUGGACGACCGUGAUAAUUCUAAGCAGUUGUUUGUGCUAAAAAAAAGCAAGACUAAGGAAUCCUCUGAGACGGCCCCUUAGCAAACACCGUGCGUGUAAAGCCUGCCUUCAUAUCCCACUGACUUUACCACAGACGAUAUUUUGAAUAACCUGCUUUAGAUUAACAGCAUCUUUUGUUUGCACUUUAAUUCAGCGCUAGAGUUAAAGUAACAACAGUGGAAAUAAUGGUGCCGAAGCGGGUUUUGCUCGCGGUGAGGCCAGAAUUCGAGGGCGGUUUCAAAUUGACUCUUAGUAAAAAGCAGCAAUGCCAGAGACUGAGAUUAAGUCUUUUGUCACUGUGAAAUCACACUGUUUACUCCCGGUACCAGCCCAAAGACUACAUUUGCGAGCGUCAUUGCUGGCUGCACUUGAUUGCAGAGGUGGCCGAACAAAACAGAAAAAAACAUGUCUCCUUUUCGGAGUCGCGUUGAUAUAUGUCACAUUGUACAGAUAUUCCACAAACUCACCAAUUCGGAGAGAAAUGGAGCGCACAUUCUAAUAAACACGUACGUUUCUUUUGGCCGUGAUAAUCUUUGGCCGGGUGUGGGGGUUGGUUGGUGGAGAGGGAACAGUUCUUAAUUUUUAUCUCACUUAACUUCUACCGGCACCGAUAUUAAGAAUUUUAGCGUCACUUUGUCUAUAUUUGUCCUUGAACGCCACCUCACUUGGAAAGAAAAGUUCACAACCCGAAGCUCCGGCUCCCUUUCUGCAAAGGGCACAGUGCAGUUGCAGUUUUGUUGUUGUUGCUGAUCUCUUCAGCUCCAAUAGUUACCUUUGAUAGGGUGGAGAGAAAAACUGUGAACGAAGGUUUUGUUUCCGCGCCUUGUUUUAAACUUGACCGGUUUGUAGUUAAGGGCCUCGUAAAGUUCUGUUUAACAGUCUUGUUUUCCCUUUUUAAGUCGAAAUGAUGGGAUCGAUUUUAUAGAUGUGGUAAAUGCUCUCUACUGUAGCUCGGACAGUCGAAGACCGCAAUGCUUAAUGCAUUGUGAAAGAAAUGUUUUCGAUUUCUUGAAAUGGUAAGUAUGAAAUAUCAGAAGUGGUCAAUGCUCGAGAUGCCACGCUGGUGAAAUAGACGAGGGGAGUAAAGAAAUAGGUUAUGUUGCUUUAUUAGUUUGUUGUCACUGACCUUCUACACUUAAACCACAGAGCUGCAGCGCAUCGCAUUAAGCUGUUAAACUUCAGACUGCAAACAGCAAAACACAAAUGCAAUCUUAAGGGCUUUCUGUCUCGUUGUGAUUCUGAAACAGACGCGUGAAAGAAAUGCACUGAAACUUAAAAAUUAAAUAAAGCCCCAAUAUUGAUCCGCAUGAUAGUGCUUACUGUGAAAAUGGAGCAGCAACCAUUAUAGCUAAUCACAGGCAGACCGUGAAAGUCAAGAUUACUACUGGUUUCUCGCCUGUAAAUGCCAGGCAAGUUUAGAUCACGAUGAAAAGUGCAUAAUAGCAUAGCUAAAAGUUUCAUCUCUGUCAACUUCAUACGCAAGUAAUUUAAUAUAUGAAAAUGAUUGUUGCUAUGUUUCAGUAAGGCCGCUUUAUGGAUUUGCUGAAACUUGCGUUGAUCUUGUGCGACAUGUUAGAGCUCCCGUUUUUUUUCCUAUUUUAUUCGAAGGAAGUAUUUCUAAUAAAGUAGAACCGAGUAAAUAAAGAUGCAUUUAGACGCUUUUGCAGUUUACCGAUUACAUAUGGUGACCUUAUUGCAGUUCCAGUGACGCAGCCCUCCGUGGAGGAGGGGCUUCUGUCCAACUCUGCCAGUCGAUUGGCCCAUCCCGCCUGUCGUGCUGCGGAGGUAUCUCUAAUCAUAUUCAGCGUGUUUGCACAAGAAAUGUCAGCCUGAACUGGAUAGCUUCUGCUUUCGCCAAAUUACCCCACAACAAUGUCAUGCUCAGACAGUCCGUCUGCAAACUCCUUUUUAGUAGAUUCUCUGAUCAGCGUGGGCCGUGGCGGGGAAGGAGCCUAUUACCCCAACAGCAGUGUAUACCUGCCGUCUGCCUCUGAGCUCUCUUACGGCACGCAGAACUGUGGACUUUUCCCAUCCCUCAGCAAACGCAGCGAGAACAACUCUCAGAGUAUGGUCCUGACUUCUCAUCCUUACAUGAGCGGGAUGGAGGUCUGGUCAGAUCCCCCAAGGUCCUGUCGUAUGGAGCAACCUGCAACCCAGCAAGUGGCAGCAUGUUCCUUCCCCCAGAAUAUCAAAGAGGAGAAUGCAUAUUGUUUGUAUGAUUCAGAGAAAUGUCCUAAAAGCUCAGCAGCAACAGAUCUUUCCACGUUCCCAAGGCUAACAUCUGAAUCGUGCUCCAAUAGUGACACUACUACUAGCGGCGGGGUUCCUGUCCCCGGCUAUUUCCGUCUGUCCCAAGCCUACCCGACAUCCAAACAGACACUUUAUAACAACACGGGGCAGGUUGGGACCUCUCCAUUUGUAGCCCAAUCCCAGAUCCGAUAUGGAACACCCCCUUCUUCAGCUUCGACCCCGACUGAGUUGGGGAGAAAAGGAAGUGAAGGGACAUCCCCUGGUCAUUUAACCUGCGGUUCGGAAAGAGAAGAGUCAGAAGCUCCGGCUUCUUCAGCGAACGAGGAGUCAUCUCCUGUCCCCUCAGAAAGCAGUAAACACUCUCCUGAGAAAGAAACAAAAGGGGAGGUGAAAGCUGAAAAUGGGGCCAACUGGCUGACUGCAAAGAGUGGCAGAAAAAAACGUUGCCCUUACACCAAACAUCAAACCCUGGAGCUGGAGAAAGAGUUUCUCUUCAACAUGUACCUGACUCGAGAGCGUCGCCUAGAGAUUAGCCGCAGCGUCCACCUGACUGACAGACAGGUCAAAAUCUGGUUUCAAAACCGCAGGAUGAAACUCAAGAAAAUGAACCGUGAGAACAGGAUUCGGGAGCUUACAGCUAACUUCAGCUUUUCAUGAUAAACACAAACACUGGUUUACAGAUUUUAAAGGGACAUCGGGAAGCUGUGCUAGUGUCACUAAAAGACUAAAAACUUUUCCACUUACCUCUGACUCCUCAGCCUUGUGCUGGUUGUAGAUAUUUACGAUUUACGUGUUUUGUUUUAUUUGUGGCGGUAGUCUGUUUCUGUAACUAUAAUAUAAUGUGUUGCCACUGAUAAGUAAGGCAUGAACAGAAGUUAUCGCCCUGUAUGAUGAUUUUUCCAAACAAC